ACUACACACAACUUGAACUUAGCUAUUAAUAAAUGCUACAUAUGCAGCACCGCUCUGGUGUCCUUUAGGAGUAGGCCUCUUGAUUCCUGAAAAAACACUAUGGCGAGCACUGCAAGCAAGCGACGCGCCCGAAAAAAGGCUGCGGCUGCCGCAGCAGCGGCUGUAGCCCCAGUGCAGAAAGCCCAAAGUAGCGGGAAGCAGACAUCCUCCGCAAAGGCGUCAAAGAAAGCGAUGAAAAGAAAGCACCAAAAGAAGGAUCAGGAAGCAGUGCCGGAAUCAAGAACGCGUGUGAAGCCUGGCGUCGAAAUUCCCAUGGACAAGAACAAUCAUGUGGAUCAUGCGAAAACGACGUCGAAUAAGCGAACUGAUGAUCAUUGUGUUGCAUCUUCAUCGAUCACUCCAGACACGUCUACAAUGAUUCUGCUGAAGAGAUUCGCAAACACAGUUGCCGAUGAUCACUGCGAAACGCCCAGUGUAGCGUACGAGGACCUGACUCCUAUUCUGGAUGCGUAUAUUCGGCACCAUAAGCUCCCAGGAAGAGGCGCGUUGCGAAUCUACGAUCCUUACUAUUGCCGGGGCCAGAUGAAGGGCCAUCUCGCAGCGCUAGGCUUCCACGACGUCUACAACGAGCCCGUGGACUGCUACUCUGUUUGGCGCGAUCCAGAAAAACUAGAGCAGUUGCUUGACACUUUUGAUGUCGUAGUCACAAACCCGCCUUAUUCCGGUGACCAUUUACUCAAACUCCUAGAUUUUUGCCGAAAGAAAUGCCGUCCAAAAUCUAGUCCGGAUGCUGAGGUAGCUGGCGGAAGAACAUCUUCGGCUGCUGGUCCUGGCGGUGAACUACAAACAAUGACCACACCUUCUGCUAGUAUGAGCUCCAAGGCUACCUCUGGAUCUGAUACCUCGACCGAGACGGAGAAAGAUUUACGAAGACGAAACAAGCUUUUUCUUUUAUGUCUUCCGAACUACGUCUACGUGCGGUAUGCCAAUUUGUGUCGCGAUAUGAAAUAUCUCAUUCCGUCGCAGCGGUAUUCCUACGCGCACGCGGUGAAAAAAGCAAAAACUGCUCCAUUCGCAAGUUUCUGGUAUAUCUCAGGGGACUUAGAUUUUCUAUCCUCACAAGACGACGCUCGCGCUACUUUUGCGAAAGUAAAAACGGACAACGGUGGUCGCGCUGAACAAACUGCUCAGUCCACAUCACCGAGUAACAAAAGGCACAAGCUUGUCCCCGAAGAUGCUAGUAGAGAAAUUGCAAAACCCGAUAUGAUUAGUGCCACAAAUCUCUCAUUCGCAGACCAGUUACGCAUGAUGAGCAUGAAAACGACACCAGCAGACGCCAAGCCAUCAUCUAGCGACAUCGCUAAGCUGGGAUCAUCUAUACCAUGUACGACACCAAGCGAAGCACGACCAGGGCCCGGGUCACAAGAACAAAUAAUACAGGAGCAAGACCAAAUGAUAAGAGAGGACACUGUUUUCCAGGAAAUCUUGGCGUCGCUGAAGGGGAAGUUGGUUUCUGCUACGCAGAUACCAGACAUUUGGAAACCGCCAGAGGACGCGACGAAACAAGUCGUAAAGCGACACAAAAACUCGAGAGGUCAGAAGAGCUGUGUGAUAUGUGGGCAGGUCUACGGGCUGUGCAAACACACAAGAGGAAUGUCAUUCUGAUGUCAUUCUGAUGUCAUUCUGAUGUCAUUCUGAUGAAGCAAUGACAUGUAUUUAUAUAUAACUAAGAAUAGAAUGUAUGACCAGGCAAAGUCCUCACGCUUUCGCCUACGACCUCCUCAACUACAUUGAGAGACAACUCUCUACUACCCUAUCCCCUGUGUAUCACAACCAUGACUCGUUGGUCUUCUUAGGCCCUCUUCACUAAUAUCUGAUAUGUUGCGUUCCUGGUUACCGAACCAUCAUGUCUUUGAGAGUUCGCGAGAAAGCGUCGAGUUGCUGUAUUCGCUAGCAGUACUGCUCUUCAAUCAAAAAGAUAUACUACAAGAAGAUCAUGGAAUCCACACAGAUUGCAAGGUAGAGAAAAUAUAAUUCUCAUGCCUUUGGAAGCGGUCUGUAGGAGUGAGUAUUGUUUUUGGGUUAGGAGUGACUACGAAAUCAUAAGAAGAAAGGCUCAUUGUGAUGCACUGACCACCUAAUGCUGAAGAGGUACUGAUCGAUCCUGCAGCGUCUUGCCUCACUCUGAUGCCUGUUUCUUCGAGUGAGUCGUGAUUAUACCGAGCACGUCUGUCAGGGCGAUUUUCACGUCUUUCCGCUUUGAUUUCACGGUGAUCAAUUCCCUCUAGUUUUUUAUAUCAUUUCAAUCUAUGCCUGGUCUUAUGUCCGGGGAGGACGAUCAUUAUCUGAAAUAUUCAUAUUGAUUGUGAAGUAUUAAACUUGAGUUGACUACUUUUGUAGUACCCUGGACACGCUGGUGUCCUUCCUGCGAGUGUUUCCACCGGAAGAGUGAGAUAUGAGUCGAACACGCAAACCGACAACUUGUUGUCUUUAUAUUGAGGACUUCCUCUACUUUCUUCUUGACUGGAUUUUCUCAUACUUGUUGGACAAACUACCAGUCCGCGGAUGCCCCAAGCUCUGCAGUUGUUAGGACUAUGUAACAC